CUUAGGAUCCUAUAAUUAAUAAGAGAUAGCUACAGUGAUCCACCUGAAUCAACAGGAGAGUUUCAUCAGUAAUUCCCAGGUGUAAAUCAUGGUGCAGAUUAUUAAAGACACGAAUGAGUUGACAGCAUUUUUGAAAGCUGCUGGGCACAAACUUGUAGUGGUGGAAUUUUCAGCAAAAUGGUGUGGUCCCUGCAAAUUGAUGGCUCCUAUUUUUCACGCAAUGUCUUUGAAAUACAAAAAUGUAGUGUUUGCUAAAGUGGACGUGGAUGAAUCACAGGAGUUGGCUGAAUUUUGUAACAUCAAAGCAAUACCCACAUUUAAGAUGUUCAAGCAAACCCAAAAGCAUUUGGAUAUUGAGCAACAUUGAAGGGUCCUCCAGAAUCCCCACUUCUACCAUGGUAUCCAGAGCUGCAGUUCAACCAUGACAUCUCUGAAACUUCGCCCGAGGUCUAGCCCACAGUGGUCUAUGAGGAAAGUCACAGAUUUAGGGUAACCUGGGAGAAAGACUCAUUCAUGUUAAUUUCCUUCUUCUUUCAAUAAAAGUGACUAGGAAGGCUUUCAUUGAAACCCACUCUCUUC